CAGUUAUCUAGAGCUUGUGGGCCUCCAUUAUUGUUUGUGGUUGCCAUCAUAUUCUUUCUUAUAUAAAAAUGGAGAGGAGGUGCACAAUUGAGCACAAUCUUAUUCUUUGCAUGUUAGGUCACCUUCCACAGGGUAUACCUCUAUCCCUUGGCACCGUUUCGUUCAUAAUUACUAAAUGUUUGAUUUGCUUUAUAUUGCAUUUUUGUUGAUAAAAUUUCCUAUUAUAUAACCAUUAUUAGCUUGAUGAUUCUGGGUACGGGUCCCAACAGCCACAACCAGCUAAGUUAUCACAUGCAGUGUUGCCCAAAAUUUGGUAUUAGCUUCUUUUCUGUUGGACUCCUAUUCUAUUGCUCGGAUCCACUUUAUUAUUGUUUUCUUCCCCUUAACUUUCUUCUUUUGAUUGUCAGUUUUUAAUCUUUUCAUCCUUAAUAAGAAUUAAAACACGGGAAAAUGUUUUCUCCUCUUCUAUGCUUAUUCAAGUGCUUUGAUGUAUAAAACAACUCAUAAAUUCCUUGACCGACCCUUUUUCUCUUUUGACAAGUAUUCAAGUGAUAACUAUAUUGUUGAAAUGACAGUGUUAGACUUUUGCCAGUUCUGAAACUGCAUCUCAUUAACCAAUCACACUUCGACAUGCAGCUUCAAUUCUUGAAACAUUUCACAUUUCGUUCUUCAUAAACUAUCGAUCCAGGAUCAAUUAUGACACCUACUCCUUAUUUGAUUCUUCUCUGUACCAUUAUAAGCCUCUGACCAUUGAACUACUUGGUACCAAUAAGUCUCGUGUCUACACCCAAUUAUGGGCAAAGAAAAACCACUGCUACCUUCAAAAAGCGUGGCAUUUGCUCGCUGCGUCUCUCGCCCAGACGACGAGCUUAAAUGGUUCCGAUCAUGUCUCCGCUGGAUGUGCGUCGACCAAUCCACCACGUGUCACACGCUCGUCUCAUGCUCGCUUUUUUUCUUGUUAGCAAUUGUGGUACCUGUAAUGUCGCACUUUUUCCUUGUGCUUCCUGAGUAUUAUAGGCCUUAUGAUACUGUGGUCCAGUUAUCGCUCACUGCUGCAUCCUUGCUUUCUUUCUUCUGCCUUUCUGCUUCUUUUCGAAAGUACGGGUUACGGAAGUUUCUGUUCUUGGAUAAGAUAUGCGGAGACAGUGAAAGGGUUCGGGUCGGGUAUUCGGUGGAGCUUAAUCGGUCGUUCAGGAUUCUGUCUUUCUUCGUCUUGCCUUGUUUUGUAGCUGAAUGCGGAUACAAGGUGUGGUGUUACUGUGCUGGGGCUCGACGAAUUAGCUUUCUGGGCAACGCCAUAGCGAGUGACAUACUGGCUUGCAUAUUAGAACUAGCAUCAUGGCUAUACCGGACAGCGAUAUUCUUGCUUGUCUGCGUGCUCUUUUGCCUAAUCUGUCACCUGCAGAUUCUAAGACUGCAGGACUUUACCAAGGUGUUUCAGGAAGAAUCGGAUGUGGCAUCUAUUCUGCAGGAACAUUUGAGGAUCAGGAGGCAUCUCAUGGUUAUUAGCCACAGGUUUCGGAAGUUUAUUAUUGGGGUGCUGACUAUUGUGACGGUUAGUCAGUUUGCAGCUUUGCUACUUACUACGCGACCUAGUGCUGUUGUUACUCUGUUUGAUACUGGAGAGUUGGCUCUAAGCUCAAUAGGCCUAGUCACUGGACUCUUAAUAUGCUUGUGCAGUGCUGCAAAGAUCACCCACAAGGCCCAAGCAAUCAAGAGCCACGCUACAAAAUGGCACGUUUCUGCCACCAUUGACUUCUCAAUUGCGGAUCCAGACACACCCUCUGAGUUUAUUGCUUCAAGCCAUUCAUUCCCUGAACCUAAUCAUGCCAAUGGUGAGGAUUCUGAUGAAUCUGAAGAGGGUGACGAGGAUGAACUUGAGGCGACGAAGAUUGUGCAGCCUAAUGCCACUACUAUCUCUUAUCAGAAGAGACAAGCACUAGUGACAUACUUGGAGAACAAUAUGGCAGGGAUCACACUCUUUGGAUUCAUGUUGGAUAGAGGAUACCUUCACGCUGUUUUCAUGUUUCAGCUCAGUCUUAUAUUAUGGCUUUUGGGGAAAACAAUUGGGAUCUCUUGAAUCUAGAUCUGCAUCUUUUUUUUUUCUUUUUUCCUUCUCCUUUGAUUCAGUUUAAUUCAAUUUAUUCAUUCUGCUGAGAUCAUCUUCGUCCUUGUAGAGUGAUGUUUUAACGGUUCUUGAAUUUACAUUUUUCGGGUUUUUGAGCUCCCAGUGUCAUAUUUGUUUGAGUGCCUAUGUAUUUUUGCAACAUAUUUUUAAGUAAUAUAAG